GCUAACAUCACCGCCACUACGGAGUGCUAUGCAUUGGGAAAUAUAGAGUUGCAAAAUACCUACAUGGAAGUAAGUGCUUCGUCAGCUGCAUAUGCAUACUGCACGCCUCCUGCGGGCUCUACGUUGGUGUAGUGGAAUGAUGGGACCCCCUACGAUGAUAUGGUACCGUUACCCUGCAAGCCAACCUAUAGCAUAUACGUUCAGAAUGUUCUUUCGUCGCCAUAACUAUCAAAAGGUGUUAGAUGACUCUAACUUACCUCAUACCAUGUCAAGCACACCCACCAAACCUAUCAGUCAUACCGAUGGAAUGACAGCGACACGCUGGUUUACUAGCGUUCUUCUAAUUUCGCUGUUGACCACACUUCCCAUUGGCUUCGUGUGCUUCAAAUGGGGCGCUAGUGCACAGGAGACUAUUCAAACACAACUCGACUGGUUCUCGCCUCCCGGAGAAGUAAAUGCGGUCUUCAGAUAUCAGAAAAUGUAUACUUUACGCCCAGACAAUGAUACUAAUGCACUGUGGGAUUCCAUCUUCCCAAGGGGCAGAGGAUUCAUAAAGCAUCCUGAUAUAUCUCCAGAGACACACUGCCUUUCUGUGUUUCACCAAUUACAUUGUCUUGAUAUCAUUCGGUGGGGAUACUGGUCAGCCAUGGACGGCGUUGAGCCCAGUCAUCACGCCAAGCCGAGUCAUUUACGGCAUUGUUUCGACUACCUUCGUCAAUCUAUCAUGUGCUCAGCGGAUACAAAUCUCGAGCCAAUCAUUGAAAACCGCGGUGGUGUCAAUGGAUUCGGUUCUUUGCGAAAGUGCCGUGACUUUAGCCAGGUGUCGGCUUGGGCAGAUAAGUGGAGGGUGGAAGUGCUUGAUUGAACUCGUAAUGAUGUGGGCGAAUAUAAAGUAAGUACUGAAGCAAAACUUGGUGGGUGAUUUUACGGACUCAAUUUUAUAGUGACUUAAAAACACUGACUUAUGUACUACGCUCAAUUAUACU